AUGGAGCUCAUGUCAGAUUUUCACUGGCACAUUUCCAAAGUAUUAGUUAAUAUUGGCAACCAUUUUGAUCUUGCUUCCAGUAUAUUUGUAGCACCAAGAAAAGGGAUAUAUAGUUUCAGUUUCCACGUGGUCAAGGUCUAUAACAGACAAACCAUCCAGGUAAGUUUAAUGCAAAACGGCUACCCAGUGAUUUCAGCUUUUGCAGGGGAUCAGGACGUCACCAGAGAAGCAGCCAGCAAUGGGGUCUUGCUCCACAUGGAAAGAGAAGACAAAGUGCAUCUCAAACUGGAAAGGGGUAACCUCAUGGGAGGGUGGAAAUAUUCAACCUUUUCCGGCUUCUUAGUCUUUCCGCUAUAA